GCAAAACCCAUCUUAAAUCCCAAAACAUGAGCCGAGCUUGUUGCCGUGGCUUUAACAAUGACAAUGGCGCUAUCAUCAUCUUCAUGCUUCUCUUCUUCCUAUUCACCGCUCGCUCCUCCUCCUUCACUCCCUCGCCACCCUCUCAUUAGCCUCAAUUUCAAACCCAACUGUCGUGCCCGUGGCGGUUCUUCUCAUCCCAAACUCAAAGCCUCCGUGGCUGCGCCGCCACUCUUCUCCGGCGCCACCAGACAUGGCCUCGAAACUGUCAACAUUGCUGAAGAUGUCACCCAGUUGAUUGGAAAUACUCCAAUGGUGUACCUCAACAAGGUUACAGAAGGUUGUGUGGCAAACGUUGCUGCAAAACUUGAGUCUAUGGAACUCUGCAGAAGUGUCAAGGAUAGAAUUGGCUUUAGUAUGUUGUCUGAUGCAGAAGAGUUUGGAGAUAUUUCUCCGGGGAAGACUGUUUUAGUUGAACCAACAACUGGAAACACAGGACUUGGCAUUGCUUUUGUUGCAGCAACAAAAGGGUACAAACUUAUAGUAACCAUGCCUGCUUCCGUAAAUCUUGAAAGGAGAAUCCUUUUGCGUGCAUUUGGGGCAGAGAUUGUUUUGACUGAUGCAGAAAAGGGAUUGAAAGGGGCAGUUGAAAAAGCUGAAGAAAUUGUUCAAAGUACACCCAAUGCUUACAUGUUUAGACAGUUUGAUAACAUGAAUAAUGCAAAGAUCCACUUCGAAACUACAGGGCCAGAGAUAUGGGAGGAUACCAUUGGUAAUAUUGAUGUAUUGGUUGCCGGUAUUGGAACUGGUGGCACUGUUACCGGCACUGGACGUUACCUGAAAAUGAUGAACACCAACAUAAAGGUGGUUGGUGUGGAACCUGCUGACAGAAGUAUAAUCUCAGGAGACAAUCCAGGUUUCAUGCCAAACAUUUUGGAUAUCAAACUGCUCGACGAAGUUAUCAAGGUUACAAAUGUUGAAGCUAUUGAAAUGGCUAGGAGAUUAGCGUUGGAAGAAGGUUUGCUGGUCGGAAUUUCUUCAGGAGCUGCAGCUGCAGCUGCCAUAAGUUUGGCAAGACGGCCAGAGAAUUCUGGGAAACUUAUCGUGGUCAUUUUCCCUAGUUUUGGUGAGAGAUAUAUUUCAAGUCCUCUCUUCCAUUCUAUCUAUGAAGAAGUUCAGAAAAUGUAACAAUCACCAUUUAAAGAUGUGGACAAUUGGACUCGUCUUUUGGAUAUUGGAGUAGUUUACAUGCCACCAUUCAAGAAAGUAGCUGCCUUAGCCCUAAACGGUAUAGGUAUAAUACUAUAAUCACAUACUUCUUUUUUUUAAUGAAUUUAUUUAUUAGUCACGCACAUUAUGUACACAUUAACAGUGAUAUUUUGUAUUAUUUUCAUCUUUGGACUUUUUGCCUCAGAUGAAUAAUUUGAAUGAGACAGAGUUCUUGGGAAACAGGAUGAUGCAUGGCCUAAUUUGAUGUACAAUCCUGAUUUUGCCCCCUUUCUUUUUCAUUUUUAUUAUUUUCAUUGCCUUAAUACCCUUCACCUUCCUUCAUUAUUGACUUUAUUUCUCCCUCCUAUACCAUGUUUUUUAUUAUAUAUGUAAUUUUUUCACCAAGUGGGAUAAGGUUUUCUUGUUAUAUAUAUCUAUAAUUUAUUUUAGCUUGGUCCUAUCAUGUA